AUCAUGAUCAAGGAAGGGAGCUGGUUCGCGAGGAAGGCAACGCCAUUUUCGCACAGCGUUAGUCCAACUAAAUUCGUCUCUAGAGAUGUUAGACCUAGCUGGGUAGUUACAUGAAAUGAAAAGUAGCUCGUGUAUUUAGCUAACUUGAAAGAUCAUGUAACACAGGCGAAUAUAUGUCAUUUUUGUUUCGCAAUCUCUUGACGUACUUUGGUAUGUAGUCACCGAUGAUGCAGCGAUAAGCAAUCAAAUUCGCGGCGUGACAACUAGGUUAAAGUUAGCUAGCUAAACUGCAUUGGUUUAGGUAUCUCCGGUCAGUAAGGAAAAAAAGCGCAAGAUAUUAAAUAGUUCGCUAGGUUAGCUGAGCUAAGUUUAUAAACGGUUAAUAUUUUGGUCUUUGAGGUAUACAACAUUUCAGUUUUGAUUCAGAUUUAAGUCGGACUAACACUUUACUUGGGGACAACGGAUGUUCAAUAGAACGGAUGCGUGAGAACAUGUCCACCAUGGUGUGUUUGAAGGAGGAGGAAGAUCCUGGGGAGAAGCUGUCCCAGGAUGAGAUCAUCUCCAGGACCAAGCAGGUGAUCCAGGGCCUGGAGGCUCUGAAGCAGGAGCACAACUCUAUCUUGGAGGGCUUGCUGGGCACGCUGCGCUGCCUGAAGCAGGAAGACCAGGGUGUCCUGGUGGAGGAGAAGUCCCUCAUGAUCCGCAAGUCCCUGGAGAUGCUGGAGCUGGGCCUGAGCGAGGCACAGGUGAUGAUGGCGCUGUCGGGCCACCUGAGCUCUGUGGAGUCGGAGAAGCAGAAGCUGCGGGCACAGGUUCGUCGGCUGUGCCAGGAGAACCAGUGGCUGAGGGACGAACUGGCGGGCACCCAGCAGAAGCUGCAGAAGAGUGAGCAGAGCGUGGCUCAGCUGGAGGAGGAGAAGAAACACCUGGAGUUCAUGAACCAGCUCAAGAAGUACGACGAGGACCUGUCGCCAUCGGAGGAGAAGGACUCUGACUCCAGUAAAGAGAAUCUGGAUGAUCUGUUCCCAGAUGACCAGGAUGACCAACCUCCUGGCAUCCAGCAGCCCCACGGUAGUGCAGCAGCAGCAGCAGCCCAGCAGGGAGGCUAUGAGAUCCCGGCCCGCCUCAGGACCCUUCACAACCUGGUGAUCCAGUACGCCUCUCAGGGCCGCUACGAGGUGGCCGUGCCCCUCUGCAAACAGGCCCUGGAGGACCUGGAGAAGACCUCCGGACACAACCACCCAGACGUGGCCACCAUGCUCAACAUCCUGGCCCUGGUCUACAGGGACCAGAAUAAAUACAAAGAGGCAGCCAACCUGCUGAACGACGCUCUGGCCAUCAGGGAGAAGACUCUGGGCAGGGACCAUCCAGCGGUGGCUGCUACACUUAACAACCUGGCUGUGCUCUACGGGAAACGGGGGAAGUACAAGGAAGCGGAGCCCCUUUGCAAGCGGGCUCUGGAGAUCCGGGAGAAGGUUCUGGGUAAGGACCACCCAGACGUUGCCAAGCAGCUGAACAACCUUGCCCUGCUGUGUCAGAACCAGGGCAAGUACGAGGAGGUGGAGUACUACUACCAGCGGGCCCUGGAGAUCUACCAGACCAAACUGGGCCCUGACGACCCCAACGUGGCCAAGACCAAGAACAACCUGGCGUCCUGUUACCUGAAGCAGGGGAAGUUCAAGCAGGCUGAAACUCUGUACAAAGAGAUCCUUACCCGUGCACAUGAGAGGGAGUUUGGCUCUGUAGACGAUGAGAACAAACCCAUUUGGAUGCAUGCUGAGGAGAGAGAGGAACAGAGCAAGGGAAAGCAGCAGGACGGCUCCCUGUUUGGAGAGUAUGGAGGCUGGUACAAGGCCUGUAAAGUAGACAGCCCCACAGUAACCACCACCCUGAAGAAUCUGGGCGCCCUCUACAGGCGGCAGGGUAAAUUUGAGGCGGCAGAGACACUGGAGGAAGCAGCUAAGCGCUCCAGAAAACAGGGUCUGGACACAGUGCACAAGCAGCGUGUGGCGGAUGUUCUGAGCGAGCCGGAGGAGCGGGAGAAGCAGCGGAGUCGUGAGAGUCUGACCUCUGACACCACGGUCAAGUACGAGAGCGGCCCGGACGGGGGCGAGGAAGUGAGUAUGAGUGUGGAGUGGAACGGGGACGGUUCUGGUUCUCUGAAGCGGAGCGGCUCCUUCAGUAAACUCCGUGCCUCUAUUCGCCGCAGCAGCGAGAAACUGGUCCGCAAGCUGAAGGGCGGUGGCUCACAGGAGAGCGAGCCCAAAAACCCUGGCAUGAAGCGAGCCAGUUCACUAGGUGUUCUAAACGUGGUGGACAAUGCUGCCGGAGACCUCUACCAAGAGCAAAAUAAUAAUCUGACAAGGAGUCGUGACCUGAGUGCCAGCCACAAUGACCUGGCACAUUGAAAGUUAGAACUGAGUGGAGAGGUGAGAGGUCAUGGGAUCAGUCUCCUGAACCCCCCACCCCCAACCUUCAGAUCCUGCCUCUGCCUGUGAGCUGUCCAUCUCCAAUAUAAUCAUGUACAUAGCUGACUAACCGUUACACCCCCCCAGGUUAAACCAAACAAACCCUUCCUAAACCAUACACAACCGUCCAUCUGCUCACUACAGCACGUAGGUUUAAAAAUCUCAUUGCACUUUGAUAUAGUCGCUGGUUUUCUUAGAGGGUUUUUAUAAAAAUGUUUUCCCUUAAUAUCAAAAUAUAUUUUUGCAACAUGAGAUUAGUUAUAAUGAAGGACAAGUGUAUAAUGCUAUGUCAAAUGUGAGUGGAUGUAAGUGUGCACCUAUAUUUUUGUGAUUGAUUGAGUGCUCAUGAGAGAGAACAUUCAUUUUUAUUUUCUGUGUGGUUGCUUUUUUCUACCUUUCCUCAACAGAUCUAAAGAAUAACUUAGAUAAUUUGGUUAUCACUUUAAUGGAAUAGGUGAGCAGUUCAGGAGGUCGCAAUAGAGUAUCUCAUUCCCCCUUUACGUCCAAAUUGAUGUCCUGUGUGUUUUUAUUGAAGUGAUAGCUGUGCUUAUAUGAAGUUUAAUGUUUACAUUUGGGUUGUGUAAAUUGUUUUAUUGUAUUUCCUACGCUGCUCUGGGGGAAUCUUUUGUUUCUUGGCAUCAGAGUUCUAGAAACUGAUAGUUCUGCCUCUUUUUAUAGUGAUAUUACUUACUGCAAUUGAAAAAACUGCUCCAUGUAUAUGAAGUUAUGAGGCAGGAGCGUUGUGUUGGCACAUGAAGUAUAUCUUGUCGAUUUCUCAGGAUUGUCACAGAACAGAAGAUCGCUAGCCAGGCUAGUUUUGAUAUUAUACACAAGAUAUUUAACACCAACCUGUUAACGGUCAAAGGCAAUUUCCAGUAAUAGGUGAAUAACAUUGUUACAAUCUAGAGUAGAAACAUUGUUUAACAAUUUGUACCAGUCUGUUUCUGGAUGUUGAAUGAUGAAUUAAGAGUAAGACUGUGUAUAAAGAGUGAAAUCAAUCUUAAAGAACUUGUACUUUAUGAAUAUCCAACCAAAAAGUGAUUGCAGGUCUGUCACCACCCCAUUUGCAUCGUUUUACUUUGUUCUCAAAACUUUCUGGAGCAUGCUUUGUUUUGGUUCACAGACAUCACCCUACUGACCCGACAUGGGUUUGGAUUGCUUGUUUGGUGGACUGUGUUGAUGGGGAUGUGUGAUAUCGUUCUCUUAUGUAAGGAAGGUGACUUACAUUUGACUUUAGAAAGCAUAGGAUCAGGGUCGGCCCCAGUCCUUCACCAGGAACAGCACUAGUGAGGGUUAAAGGGAAAACACCGGUUAGACUUACCAAGGAACAGGACUUAUUUUAAUGAUGAACAAGCUAGCUGUCAUGAGCAGAGUGAACCAUGGAGUAGUGAGUAAUUUGCUUAGUAAAUACCAGAAAUUGUUUGAGCAUUUCAAGCAGAGGUAGGUCUGUGGUAUAGUUAACUGCAUACUGCAGUUUGUAAAAAAUAGAAAAAAUAUUUAGUGGCUCAUGCAGUAACAGGCAUCGGCUUUUCUAUGCAGAAUGGUAUGGUAAUGGUAAUUUGAAAAACGUAACUUUUACUUGUGUAACACACAACGAAGCAUGUGAUUAACUUGUGCAAGCUUUUAGCCUUACCUUAUGUAUAUAUUAGAUCAUACUCUUAUAACAUUGUGCUCGUCAGGAUAGAAUAUACAAAUGCAAGGAACUUUGACAUAAGCACAAACCUGUAAGCUAAGUAUGUGUUGGAUGCUCCCAUUUGACUGUUGAUCAGUUUGUAUGUCAAUCAUCAACCUGCUUUAUUUGUGUUUUCUCCAUUGUGUGUUCGCUCAGAGUUGCUGGUAAGCUACUACAGUGUCCAACUGAUUAGAAAGGCACAUCAAUUCAUAGGGCUGGACAUUGAAUUAUUGAGGACAAAAUGUAUGCUUUUAUAUCAGAAGCAUUAAUUCAAGUAUACUGUGUUGAGAGAAAAGAGGACCCUAUUUCUGAAAUGUAAUCACCCCCUGCCUCUGUGUUUAUGAUCAUAUUUUUACAAACUUAAAUGAUCAUGAAAUCCCUCAAAUGCCUGGCAAGAUAUUCUUUGUUCUUCAAAGUAUUGAUCCUGAAGUAUUUUGUUUUACUGGCAAAACAGUAAUGAUAAAGUGAAUGUAUGAAUCCUAUUCUUAAACUCAAAGACCGUUGUGGUUAAUUAUUUGAAAUUAGUAAUCCUAUGAGCAGUGGUACUCUGAGUCACUGUUGAGGUGAUGCACAUAUUCCUAUGGAGAAGGGCAACAAGCCCUGAACAAAUUAGUUUUGCAUGGCCAGGUGCCCCCGGUUGAUCCUUUUAGACCAUUCCAUUGGUUCUUAAGGGAAAUCUCAACCCACCUGGUGCAACAAGCCAUGCAAAGCGAACUCCACCAGUGAAACACUGUUGGGAAAUCUUCAUGAUGACAUCACCAUAUUGUUAGUGGGUCUUAACAGUCAAUGCACCAGCCUCUCUACUGUCCAUCUGUUCCUUUGUUUUUGAAAGUGCAAUUUUUGUUUGGGGUUGUCCUGGAGUGUGUAUGUGUGGGGAUGUCCUGGGCUGCACUGAUGAUAGGAUCAAACAAUUGGUAACUGCCCAAACUCCCAGCCUCUCUCCUUUAGGCUGCCUGCUGUGCUGGCUGGAUCAGGCCAUAAACAGUGGUGAAGUGUUUGCCCUUCAAAAAUAUAUUGUAUGAAUAAAAUAAUACAAAUGUU